AUGUUUAUGCACUACCAUGGUGGUGGUGUCAGUCACAAGCCCAUCUUUGAAGCCACAAAAUGUCUACUUGAUGAUCACAAUGUGCUUGACAAACUCCCAUUCAUAAUGGAGAAGGAGCAUGAAGCUCAAGAUUCCAACAGCGAAAUGGAAAGUGAUGUUGAGGAAGACUUGGAUGACAAUGGUGAGGGCAAGGACAAGGAAGGUGAGGGUGAGGGUGAGGAUGAUAUUGAGGGUAGUGGUGAUGAAGAUGGGGAUGAAAAUGAAGACAGGGGGAGCAGCAAAGAGCAUGAUGAUGAGGACAUCAAAGGAAAUGGAACUCGAGAUCCACUCACAACAGAACAUCUCAUUGACGAUGAUAUCGUAGAUGAGAUGGAUGAGUUUGGGUAUACCAGCCUUGAUCAGGUUGUUGUCAAAGAUGAGGAUGAUGAUGCACCAUCAGAUGAUGAUGAUCUAGGGGCAGAAGAUGGCAAAGGGCAGGAUUAUGAUGAGGUUGAAGGCAUGGGAUUUGUGGAUCUAUAG